GCCUGCUGAAGCACUGCUGUUCUAUGGAAAUUGAUGAUUUUAUUUCCCCCUUUCUUUUAAGUGUCUUUGACUCUGUUUUUGUUUACCUGAAUAUGUUUUACCCCAUCUUCUCCUUUUUAAACAAUCUCAUUUCUAUCUUUAGUUUUCAUCUCUUCCAUUCUCCCUGAUUUUUCAGACCCUUAUUAUUUUCUCUAGCUUCCAAUUCACUUCUCAUUUACUCUUCCAUCCACUUUUUGUUUCAUUUUUUCUAUAGGAUAGGUCCUCCCUCACAGUGUAUCUCUUCUUUUACUGUUAAUAACAUUACCUACAUUUUACUUUUUCUCUUUUCUUUGUCUUCCAGCAAACCCAUGACAUUGGACACUCGGUGCUUCUCAUCUGCCUUUGUCAUUUUCCUCACCAGAAUUUUUAUGAAGAUUUAAUGAAGGCGUGUCCUCAACCCACCAUGAUGAUUUUCAAUAACACCACAUCCUCCCCUUCAACCUUCCUCCUCACUGCAUUCCCUGGGCUGGAGCUCGCUCAUGUCUGGAUCUCCAUCCCUGUCUGCUGUCUCUACAUCAUUGCUCUCUUGGGAAAUAGCCUGAUCCUGUUUGUCAUCUCUGUUGAGCAGCGUCUCCACAAGCCCAUGUACUAUUUCCUCUUCAUGCUGUCAGCUGCUGAUUUGUGUCUGACCAUCACCACCCUCCCCACUGUGCUUGGGGUUCUCUGGUUUCAUGCCCGGGAGAUCAGCCUUAAAGCUUGCCUCAUUCAAAUGUUCUUUGUACAUGCUUUCUCCUUCCUGGAGUCCUCUGUGCUGGCAGUUAUGGCUUUUGACCGCUUCAUGGCUAUCUGUAACCCACUGAAAUAUGCCACUGUCCUCAAAGACAGGAUGAUCAUGGUGAUCGGACUAUUCAUAUGCGUACGGCAACUUAUUUUCAUCUUUCCCAUGCUUCUAGCCUUGAAGAGUGUAUCUUUCCAGGAAAGAAAGGAGCUUUCCCAUCCAUUUUGUUAUCACCCAGAUAUAAUCAGAGAUACAUAUUCCAACCCCUGGAUCAACAGCUUUUUGGGCUUGUUUCUUCAGCUCUACAUGACUGGUACUGACUUACUGUUCAUUCUUGUCUCCUAUGUCCUGAUAAUCCGUGCUGUCCUGAGUAUUGUGGCCCCCAAGAAACAAAAGAAAGCUCUCAAUACUUGUGUGUGUCACAUCUGUGCUGUCACUAUUUUCUAUGUGCCAAUGAUCAGCCUGUCCUUUACACAUCGCCUCCUUAGCUCUACUCCGAGGGUGAUCUGUAGCAUUUUGGCCAAUGUUUAUUUGAUCUUACCACCUGUACUGAACCCUAUAAUUUACAGCUUGAAGACCAGGGCGAUCCGCCAGGCUAUGCUCCAGCUAUUUCAAACUAAAGUUUCAUGGAGCCGUAACGUGAGGGGUCUUAGAGAAUCGUGGGACUGA